AUGGAUGGAAAACAAUCUAUGAUUGAUGAAAUAGAAGCAAUAAAAGCCAUAUACUGUUGUCAAAAUGAAAUAUUUGUUGAAUAUAAUAGUCAAAGUACAUACGUUUUUCUCUUUAAAAGUUUUAAUUUUCUCGUUUUGUUUCGAGAUAUUCCAACAUCUAUCACGUAUAAUGGAUUCAAUAAAAAAGACAAAUCUAUUUAUUUUUCUGUUACUGUUCAAUUGGAUAAUCUGCCAAGAUGCAUAUGUAUCAAUAGUAGUUCAUUAACAAAAGCUGAAUUAAAUCAUUUAAAGUCGAUAUAUGAAAUUAAACAAAUAAAUGAAGAUUUAACAUUACAUGAAUUAUUUAUUCUCAUUAAAAAUUAUGUCGAUGAUAUGAUAACAAAUAAAAAAUUGAGUUCAGAUGAAAUAAAUAAAUCAUUGAAUACAAUGACAUCGUUAAUGAAAAUUGAUCAUAUGAGAUCAUCAAAAAUUUAUAUGAAACAUCUUCAAGAUUGGACAAAUUUAUUUGAAUUAACUGGUAGAGUAUUACAUAUACCACAUUCAAUCUUUAUCCUCGUUGAAGGAACAAAUGAAAAAAUAAAGUCGUUUGUAAUAAAAUUAAAAACACAUACGGUUGAUAUUGACAGUAGAGGACGUCCCUGUAAAGAAAGAUUGUUGUCACAUAUCAUUGAUUUGGAUCAUAAACAAAUAGACAUGUUGCCGUUAAUCUUUUCGGCAGCUGGAACACUAUCAACAUUCAGUUUAGCUUAUUUUGUGUAUUAUAAACCUGAAUGGAUAGUAAAACUCUAUUUUAAAUUAAAUGAAAUGAAAUGUGGCAUCACAAAAUAUACAUUACCUAUUAAUGAUCAAACGAGUUUUAGCUAUUGUGAAAAAGGAAUAAGAACAGAUGCCAAAACCAGUAUUCUAUUCAUUCAUGGUCUGGCAUCAAAUAAAGAAAGUUGGGUACCAAUAGUUAAAAAUAUUCCUGAUACUUAUCAUUGUAUCAUGGUUGAUCUACAAGGACAUGGUGAAACAAUUUGUGAUGAGACUUAUACAAUCGAUGGAUUUAUUAAAGUAUUAAAAACUUUCAUUGAUUGCUCUGGUUUAAUAGAUACAAAAAAACCAUUAUGUUUAAUAGGCUCGUCAAUGGGUGCAGCGAUAGCAGCUUUGUUUUCUGCUCGAUAUCCCGAUUAUGUAAGCAUGGUCUGUUUAUUAGCUCCGCCGGCUAACGAAGCAUGUGAAACUGAGUUAGCGAGAUCAAUACGUCUCGGUUGUUAUGAAACAAUUUUACCACAGACAAAUGAGCAAUUUCGAAACAUGCUCAGUGUAUUCAGUGUAAAAAAAUUAAAUUUCCCAGGACCUUUGAUGAAUGGAUUUCUCGAAUUAAGAAAACGAAGUAUUGUACAACAUAGAAAAGUAUUAGAUUCGUUAUUAUCGAUAGAGUAUCCAAAAUUAGAACAAUCGUAUAAUGAAUUAAAGAAUAUCUCAUGUCCAACAUUAAUAUUAUGGGGACGAGAUGAUAAACUGUACAGAUAUUCUGGUGCAGACUAUUUCAAAUCAAUCAUACCAAAUUCAGAAGCUAUAAUUCUCGAUGAGUGUGGACAUUUUAUGGGUUUAGAUCAAGGCGAAAAAAUUGCAAAUUAUAUAACACAAUUUUAUGAUAAAAACUGUGCAGAUACAAGUCGUGUGUCGAUAGCACCCGUUAUUACGGAUGAAUAA